AUGGCUUCACGUUCUUCCGCCUCCGCGUCUACCCGUUCCAAGCUCGCCAAGCUUAACCAAUGCGUCUCUGUACUGGAGCCUCCACCUUCAGUGACAUCGGACCCGCUGCACCCUUCAGUUGUGUUGUUAUUCGGAUGGCUGGAAGCGGCACCUAGCUACUUGCAAAAAUACGUGGACCGGCUGCACGAUCAGUUUCCAACUUCCACUAUCGUCCUCGUCAGGGCAUACACGUCAUGGUACUUCACCUCUUACCCACGACUGGAGAAGGAACUGUCGCCUGCGGUCGAUGUUGUCAAGAGAGAGUCGAAUAAUGGGAAGAAAUUCAGAGGAGUCUUGAUCCACGUUCUGUCGAAUGGUGGUUCCCUGCAGCUACUGGUCUUCCGUCAAGCUCUCAUGAAGUCUUCUGGCGCAGGCGAUCGGGGCGCAGCUUAUUCGCCAACGCCUGUAGCACUCAUCCUCGACUCGACCCCGGCGUUGCGCGAGCUUGCGUCGGCAAUUCAGUCAUGGGCACCGAGAAACCCGGUGUUGCGCUACCUCGCCAUCCCAGGCAUAUCGGCGCUGUAUGGAGGCUUCUACUUGGCAAAUGCGCUGGUAGGAAAUCCGCCGCUCUUUCCUACCAUGCGCGAUCAGUUGAACACUCUCAACCUGUUGCCUUCCAUCACCAAUCCCAAUGAUCCCAAGGCAACGCCUCGCUUGUACAUCUAUUCCAAUACGGACCGUGUUACUCCUGCGUCUGAAGUAGAGGCGCACUACGAAGCAGCAGUUGCAGCGGGGCUCAACGCCAAGUUGGAGAGGUUCACGAAGUCUGCUCAUGUUUCUCAUUCGCGGGCCGACCCAGAGAGAUAUUGGGGAGCAGUGACUGCGCUAUGGAAGGAGGCAUUGCAGACGUGCGGUGUUGAUACCCCUACCUUGUAA